AUGCACAACGCGAAUGGUCCAACAUUCGCCUUCAGGACUUUAAGUCCAUUGGAGAAUACAAUCAUGCUGUUCACAAAAUCUGCUCAAGAUUGCUUUUCUGCUGAAAAGCAUGAUGAACUUCUUUUAAAGAAUCAUCACCAGCGCCCUACAGGCACUGCCCCUUUACCUGAAGUAAAUUCAAAUGUUCAGAAUACAAAGAGGUUCGACAGCAACAAACGUCGUCCAAAGAACUUCAAAGGCAGGAACAACCACAUAAAGAAGCAGAAAUUUCAUAGAAAUAACAAGGGGAAGAGCAUUUUCAAUAACAAAGACAAAUCUGAUAUUUGUCGUAAAUGUGGUUGCUACAGCCACACACCUAAGAAAUGCCACACCCCAAAACACUUGGUUGAUCUUUACCUAAAGUCCGUUGGACGAAGCCGACCAACUCAAGGCAAAAGAUUUGAAGCUCAUUUCAAUCUUCAAUCUGACACCACCAGGACGACAAGUUGUUCCCAAAAUGUUCAUCCAGAACUGAACAACGACAUCACUCUUAAAGAGCAAGAGGACCUUGAGGGCAUGGACAAUAUGCUAGUGGAUUUUGCUUCCAAUGACUUAUUUGGAGACUUCGAUUAG